AUGGGAGGUUGCACGAGCAGGCCCAAGGACUUGGACAUCAGCGCUGAUGCUGCCCCUGUUGAGGGCCCCUCCAGCCCGGUGAAGGCCGAGGCCGAGGCACCCGCUCCGGAGAACACUACUAAUGGAGGUGAGGCCGAGAAGGAAAAGGAAGCUCCUCUUGUAGACGUCUCCGAGCCGAAGCCUGAGGCCGAGGCCGCGACCAAAUCUGUGGAGCCAGCUCCAGCCACAACCGAGGCCGAGAAGACAGAAGUGGAGGCGGAGACAAACGUUGAAGCCGCUGCCCCUGAGCAGAAGCCCGCCGAUGCCGAGAAAGCCUAA